ACAAGCCAGUCUUGCGACAGGCGCGGCGCGCGAGGGCUGCGCACGCACACGCCGCGCGCGCAUACUAAGUUUCUUUGUUUACGCUCGACGUCGCGUUCAUUGAGGAGACAAAAAUGUGUGUCUAUUUAUAAUACGAUAUUUCGGAGGCAACAGAUGUUUACUAGAAUUGUUGGGUAGCAUAUUUGCUAAAUUCGGUGUAUGGAGUGGCUGAAGGGAGUGGUAGAGAAGGUGCGCAGGGAGAGAGGCCCGAUGGAGCCCGAGCAGGCGGCCGCGGCGCUGGAGAGCCCGCAGGAGCGGCGCGAGCGCUGGCGCAGCGUCUACGUCAUCUACUUCACCAUGUUCCAGAUGUCGCUGGGGUUCAGCAUCGUGCUUACAGGUGUCUGGCCUUACCUCGACAAGUUAGAGCCGGGUUCGAAGAAGGAGAUCCUCGGGCUGGCGGUGGGCGCCAACCCGCUGGGCCAGCUGCUGUUCUCGCCGCUGCUGGGGCUGUGGGCCAACCGCGCGGCGUCGGCGCGCGCGCCGCUGCUCGCCACGCUCGCGCUCUUCGUGCUCGCGAGCGCGCUCUACGCCAACCUGCACCUCACGCGCCCCUACGCGAGGUACUGGAUGGUGUUGGCGCGGUUCCUCGUCGGCGUCAGCUCAGCCAAUAUAGCUGUGGCGCGGUCCUACCUCUCAGCGGCGACGCUGGUGAGCGAGCGCACGCGCGCCGUGGCCAGCGUGUCGCUGGCGCAGGUGCUGGGCUUCGUGGUGGGCCCGGCGCUGCAGGCGGCCGCGGCGCCGCUGGGCCCCGGGGCCCCGUACGCGCCGCCCGGGGCGCCCGCGGCGCUGCGGCUGGACAUGUAUACGGCGGCGGGCUGGAUUAACGCGGUGCUUGGCAUCGUCAACUUUGUGCUGUUUCUGCCGUGGUGCUUCAAGGAACGCACCAUAGCGGCCAGGGAAGCGAUGCUCGCUCAGGGCAAAAACUCAGAAAAAGAAGCUCUAAAAGCGAUGAAGCCCGACCUGGUCAGCAGCUGGACGCUGGUGGGCGCGUUCUUCGUGCUGGUGUUCAACUUCGUGCUUCUGGAGACGCUGGCGUCCAGCCUCACCAUGGACCAGUUCGCGUGGAGCAAGAAGCAGGCGCUGGAGUACCUGGGCGCGCUCAUGAGCGCCGGCGCCGUGCUGGCGUGCGUCACCUUCGCGCUCAUAUCUCCGCUCACCAAGUUCUUUGAGGAGCGCGCUCUUCUCCUGUGGGGCGGCUUCCUGCUGACGGGGCUGGCGUCGCUGCUGUGCAUCCCGUGGGGCCCGGGCCCGCCGCCGCUGGCGCCGCCGGGCGCGCGCGAGGCGGGCGGCGGCUGCCCGCAGGAGGCGCAGCCCUGGUGCCAGGACUCCCGCGGCCUCACCAUCACGCAGUUCUUCCUCGCCUACGCUCUCGUGUCCGUGGGCUACUCGCUCGGGGUCACGCUCAUACAAACGAUAUUCUCGAAGGUUCUCGGACCGAGGCCUCAGGGCGUGUGGAUGGGCGUGCUGACGGGCGCGGGCUGCGUGUCGCGCGCGCUGGGCCCGGUGUUCGUGGCGAGCGUGUACGCGCGGCGCGGGCCCGACGCCACGUUCGGCAGCACGGCCGCGCUCACCUUCGCCGCGCUGCUGGCGCUGCGCCUGGUGUACGGCCGCCUGCUGCCCCCCGCCACCCCCUCUGUCGCCCCCUCCCCCGCCGUCGCCCCCGCCGCGCAAGAGCUGCUGCCGCUGGUUGCGCCCGCGCCCGCCGACGGAGACCCAGACUCGAUACACGUGGAAAAAAUUGAAGCGCAAGCCACGUGA